AUGUCUAAAUACCAGGCAAUAAACCCAGGGAAGAACUUCUUCGCUGGGGGCUUUGGUGGUGUCUGCUUGGUCUUCGCUAGACAUCCACUUGAUACCACAAAAGUGCGUAUUCAGACCAUGCCUGUGCCCAGCCCUGGUGAGAGCCCCCUGUAUAGAGGCACCUUUGAUUGUUUUAAGCAGACCCUUGCCAAAGAGGGAUUCAAAGGCCUGUAUAAAGGCAUGACGGCCCCUAUCAUUGGAGUCACACCCAUGUUCGCUGUCUGCUUCUUUGGCUUUGGCCUGGGCAAGAAACUACAACAGAAAACCCCAGUCCAAGUCCUUACGUAUCCACAGCUGUUUGCUGCCGGGAUGCUGUCAGGCGUGUUCACCACAGCCAUCAUGGCCCCUGGAGAACGCAUCAAGUGUCUCCUACAGAUCCAGGCUGCCAGAGGGGAGCUGAAGUAUGCUGGGCCCAUGAACUGUGUGAAGCAGCUGUACAAAGAGAGGGGAAUCUACAGAGGCACUGCUCUCACCCUCAUGAGAGACGUGCCAGCCAGUGGGAUGUAUUUCAUGACCUAUGAAUGGUUGAAGCACCUCCUCACACCAGAGGGCAAGAGGUGA